UAUUGGAGAAGCAAAUAUGAUUGUAAGUUUGGUAGAAAUUUUACUCAACUCUGAAUGUCAAUCAUUAACUAUUGCUGUCUUAACACCUUACCAUAAACAGAGAGAGCAAAUAAAUAUGUUACUGAGAAAAAAGAAGAUCUCAUUAAACGUCAAUACAAUAGAUUCAUUUCAAGGUGGAGAAUGUGAUGUGUUAUUGAUAUCAACAGUUCGUACUAAUGGAGUUGGAUUUAUGGACGAUAUUUGUCGAUUGAAUGUUGCUUUAACACGAGCUAGGCAAUCAUUAAUAAUAUGUGGAAACUUUAUGUCUUUGAGAGGAGAACAAGUAUGGUCUGAUUUAUUAGAAGAUGCAAGAAAACGUAAAUUAAUUAAGAAAGUAUCAAAAAAAGUCAUAACUAAUUCAAGGGUUUUGCUUGCUAUGAUAAAAAUUUAAUUAUAUUUGAUAU